CGGGCAGGCCUCGCUGAUGUUUGAAUUGGGCAGUGGGCAGUCCAGGCGGAGGGCACAGACUGAAAGGAGAGAAGUGGUGUUUCUGGGGGACACAAGAUCAGGGCACUCUUCCGGUAGCAGCUCGCUGUCUGGCCACCGUCUUCCCCAGCCAGCCAGGCCUCCCGGAGGCGGCCGGCCAGGGAGCAUCGCCGGGACCCCAGCUUGCCGCCUCCCCUCGGCGGGCCCUAGAAACUGCGCGGAACCAAAGCUUGAGGGCCGCUCAAAUUUGCGGACCGCGGGGAGGAAGCGCCCGCCGGAAGCAGUCGCAAGACCCGAACAUGGCGGCCACCAGGUGCCUGCGCUGGGGCCUGAGCCGAGCCGGAGUCUGGCUGCUCCCACCGCCCGCACGGUGCCCACACCGGGCGCUGCACAAGCAGAAAGACGGCACUGAGUUCAAGAGCAUCUACAGCCUGGACAAGCUCUACCCCGAAUCUCAGGGCUCGGACACCGCCUGGAGGGUCCCGGAUGGUGCAAAGCAAGCCGACAGAAGUGACAUCCCUCUAGAUCGCUUGACAAUAUCUUAUUGUCGGAGUAGUGGUCCUGGGGGGCAGAAUGUGAACAAAGUGAAUUCCAAGGCAGAAGUCAGGUUCCAUUUGGCAACUGCCGACUGGAUCGCAGAGCCCGUGCGGCAGAAGAUAGCCAUCAUGCAUAAAAACAAGAUCAACAGGUUAGGAGAGUUGAUCCUCACCUCUGAGAGCAGCCGCUAUCAGUUCCGGAAUCUGGCAGAUUGCCUGCAGAAAAUUCGAGACAUGAUCGCUGAGGCCAGCCAGAUACCCAAGGAGCCAACAAAAGAAGAUGUUAAACUUCAGAGAAUCAGAAAACAUGAAUCGGGAAAGGCUGAGACAAAAGAGAAUUCAUUCUGCUGUAAAGACAAGCAGGAGGGUCGACAUGGACUGAAAUCACCCUCUGCAGCUGGGAGGGCUCUUCCGGGCGUCAGGGCAGCUGCAGCUGAGAGGACUUUUGCAUCAUAAGGAGAUUUCCUCUUUUCUUUUUGGCUGUUAAUGCUUGUCUGUAACAUUGGAGCCAUCACAAGAAUAUUCAUUUGGAAUGAAGGUUGCAGGCGUUGGUUGCAAAAGUCUCUAUAGGCAGUCACCAUGUUGUCAAACCUUAAUAAUGCAUCUAAUGUAUUAGCCGCAAUAAAAUUCAAAACUCA